UCCUUCGCCCAAGCCCAGGCCCGCCUGGCCGAGCGCCGCGCCGCCCGCGAAGCCCAGUCUCGAGCCCGCGUCGCCGCCGACCAGUCCGCCUCCCGUCUGCGCUCGCAGCUCGCCUCCAACCGCUCGCCCCUCCUCCGCGCUUUCGGCGGCCGCGCACUGUCCUUAUGGGACAGCCUUUCGUCACGCGAGGGAACGAGGCCUGCCUUCCGCGUGGGGCAGGUCGACGCCGAGCUCCUGGACGAGGAGCUGCUGACCCUGCUGCAGGAGCAGGUGGGGGAUGCGCUCAAGUAUAUUGGUGGCGUGGGCAGCACACUGAAGGAUGACUGGGCCCAGGAAAUCCUGCUGGUGCUGCGGGCCGUCCUGUUCAAGCUGACGGUUUGGGACCACGACGCCACGUAUGGUGCUGCCCUGCAGAACCUACGAUACACAGACGCUAGACACCAGGGGCCCGUGACGAUCCCGCCGUCGAGGGUACAGAAGACGCUGUACGGGCUAGUCACAGUGGGUGGGGGGUAUGCAUGGACGAGGCUGGAAGGCUGGCUGCUCCAGCAGGACAACGGAUAUGAGGAGCCGCACCCCAGGGUCAAGAGACUGCGGAGGCUCACAUCCGCGGCCGAGUCUGUCCAUGCCGGGGCAGCCUUCGUGUCCUUCCUGGUCUUCCUGCUGCACGGCCGCUACAGGACGCUGCUGGAUAGGAUCCUACGCAUGAGGCUGGCGCCGCCCACCAGCCAGGUCAGCCGGGAGGUCUCGUUUGAGUAUCUCAACCGGCAGCUGGUCUGGCACGCAUUCACAGAGUUCCUGCUGUUCGUGCUGCCGCUCAUCGGCAUCAACAAAUGGCGGAGGUGGCUCACGAGGGCGUGGCGCAAGACUAAGAGGGCUAUCUCGAGCAGCGCCGCCACCGACGGCGAGCCCGGCGAAAAACGGGGCGAGUACUCUUUCCUGCCGGAGCGGACCUGCGCCAUCUGCUACCAAGACCAAAACACGGCGUCGACAGAGCAGGAGAUCCUAGCAGCCGCCGCGUCAAGCGGUGUCGUCGGCUCGGCACAGACCGACAUCACGAACCCCUACGAGACGAUCCCCUGCGGUUGCGUGUAUUGCUUCGUAUGUCUUGCCACGCGGAUCGAGGGCGAGGACGGCGAGGGGUGGACAUGUCUCCGCUGCGGAGAGGUGGCCAAGGAGUGCAGGCCAUGGAGCGGAGAUGUGCUGGAGCCGCCUGGAAAGUCACCAUCCAACAGCCACAACAAGGCGGUCAUGUUUGCAGACGACGUCAAGGCGGACGACGAC